UGCCAGUAUUCCAAUUUCUAUUUUCACACGUUGACCACACUGAAAUUGCGGCAUUUGGUGUGGUGGUGUUUUUUCUGUCACUAGUACUUGGGUUAAAUAAAAAGUCACAAUCUGCUGAAAACCUAUUCCUACAUACAUACAUACAAGGAUCUGUUAACCAUAGGUGGAAUUCCAUAGAUUGCCAAAAUGAAGAAAGUUUUGAUGGUGGCUGAGAAACCAUCUUUGGCAGCUUCGCUGGCACAAAUAUUGUCAAAUGGCAAAAGCCACUCAAGAAAAGGCACGAUUAACUCUUGCUCCUCACAUGAAUGGAAUGGGGAUUUUAAAGGCUCCAAUGUUUUGUUCCGCAUGACUUCGGUAUGUGGUCAUGUCAUGUCCUUGGAUUUUGUGGGCAAGUACAAUUCAUGGGACCGGGUGGAUCCUGUUGAGCUGUUUGGCUGCCCCACUGAAAAGAAGGAAGCCAAUGCCAAGCAACAUAUGCCAAGUUUCUUGGCCCAGGAGGCGAAAGGAUGUGAUUACUUGGUGUUGUGGCUCGAUUGUGAUAAGGAAGGCGAAAAUAUUUGUUAUGAAGUAAUGGAAUGUGUGUCUCGUUCCAUAAACAAUGUUUAUAGUAAGAGUGUCACAUACAGGGCGCACUUUUCGGCUAUUACGGAAAAGGACAUAAAAGGUGCCAUGAACUCUCUGGGUUAUCCCAAUGAAAAUGAAGCCAAGUCUGUGGACGCCCGCCAGGAAUUGGAUUUACGCAUUGGUUGUGCCUUCACCAGAUUUCAAACGAAAUUCUUCCAAGGACGUUAUGGUGAUUUGGACUCGUCUCUGAUUUCAUAUGGCCCUUGUCAGACACCUACCUUGGGAUUUUGUGUUAAACGUCACGAUGAUAUACAGACUUUUAAGCCGGAGAGUUUUUGGUACUUGCAAUUGACUGCUGGUCAGCCGGAAUUUCCUUUUGAGUGGAAUCGUGGGAGAGUUUUUAAGAAGGAUAUAGGAACAAUGCUAUUAAAUUUGGUAAAAGCGCAAAAGGAAGGCAUCAUUGAAAGCGUAUCUUCUAAGGAGCAAGCCAAGGUUCGUCCACAGGCUUUAAACACUGUGGAACUUAUGCGUAUUUGCAGUUCUGGCCUGGGCAUAGGCCCAUUUCAGGCAAUGCAAAUUGCCGAACGCCUUUACACACAAGGUUACAUAAGUUAUCCACGUACAGAAACAAAUCAGUAUCCAUCCAAUUUUGAUUUAAAUGCGGUUCUUCACAUUUUAAAGCCUUCAUCGGAAUUUGGAAACGAAGCUCAAGAGAUUCUAAGCGAUUUCAAUCCCCCACGUAAAGGCAAAGAUGCCGGUGACCAUCCUCCCAUAACACCAAUGAAAUUAGCAUCACGAAAUGACUUCGAAAGAGAUACAUGGCGAGUUUACGAUUUCAUUUGUCGCCAUUUUCUUGGCACAAUCUCAAAAGAUUUAAAAUAUCGCACCACAACUGUCAAACUGAAAGUGGCCACUGAAACUUUCACCUGCACUGCCAAUGUUCUGUUAGAUCCAGGAUUUACCAAAGUUAUGACGUGGCAGGCUUUUGGACGUGAUGAAGCCAUACCACAGUUCAAACAAGACGAUCGUGUUGCCAUAAAUGAUGUACGCAUGUGUGAAAGUCAAACAUCGCCGCCAGAUUAUUUAACUGAAGCUGAAUUGAUUACGCUAAUGGAGCAGCAUGGCAUUGGCACGGAUGCCUCAAUACCCGUGCAUAUUAAUAAUAUAUGCCAGCGUAAUUAUGUGACCAUUGAGAGUGGUCGUAAAUUAAUACCCACCAAUUUGGGUAUUGUUUUGGUACAUGGUUAUCAAAAGAUUGAUCCAGAACUGGUUCUACCCACGAUGCGUUCUGAGGUGGAAAAAAUGUUAAAUCUCAUCUCCAAAGGAUCUGCCGAUUUUAAUGCUGUUCUUAAACAUGCCAUUGAGAUUUUCCGUUUGAAAUUUCUAUAUUUUGUCAAGAAUAUUUCCAACAUGGAUAGUUUAUUUGAGGUAUCAUUCUCGCCUUUGGCCGAAUCGGGAAAAUCUUUGUCACGUUGCGGAAAGUGCCGCCGUUAUAUGAAAUACAUACAGAGUAAACCGGCUCGUCUUCAUUGUUCGCAGUGUGAUGAGACAUACUCGUUACCUAAUGGGGGCAAUGUCAAAGUGUAUCGCGAAUUUAAAUGUCCCUUGGAUGAUUUCGAAUUGCUCGCAUUUACCACGGGGGCUAAAGGUCGCUCAUAUCCCUUCUGCCCCUAUUGCUACAACCAUCCUCCAUUUAGGGAUAUGCCUAAGAAUGCAGGUUGCAACUCAUGUACCCAUCCCACCUGCCCCCAUUCACAGAACACACUGGGUAUAUCUGGAUGUGUGGAAUGUGAUCCAGGAGUUUUGGUAUUAGAUUGCACAUUGGCACCUAGUUGGAAAUUUGGCUGCAAUAGAUGUGAUGUUAUAAUCAAUUGUUUUAAAGGAGCCACCAAAGUUACUGUGGAAGAUGAUAAAUGUAGUGAAUGUGGAGCCCAAACAGUAAAUGUUGUUUACAAAUCGGAUAAAACCAAGUUCAAGGAUGGCUCUGAAGAAAAAUCCGGCUGUAUAUUCUGUUCAACAGAUUUUGCCAAUCUAGUAGAGAAACAUCGUGCCGUAGCCUCAAGGCCUGUAAAUAUACGCAGUGGUGGUCGUGGCGGCACUCGUGGCGGAAGAGGAGGUAAAACCGGGCGUGGCGGCGGCAGAGGCCGCGGAGGUGCUCGCCAGCCUAAAGAUAAGAUGGCUCAAUUAGAUGCAUACUUUGUAUGAGCAUUCCAAACCACCACCCACCGCAUCAUUAUACAUAUAUAUCUAUAGGGUUUUCAUUAGUUAAGAUCUUAUUCUAAAGAUUUUUACAUAUUACAAUUAUUUUGUUGUGAAUUCACAACACAACUGUAGUAUCUGUGUCCAUGCAUUUCUUUAUUUAUUAAAACAAAUUCUUUUUUGUAUAAGACUUUGAGCUAUUCAAACGGAAGUAAAAAAAAGAAAGCAGAAAGAAAA